GAGGAAAUAGAAGCGACGUAAAGAAAUGAAAAAAAACAAGGCGCUCGUUCAGGGAGUUUACAUGACAUCUGUAAUGUAAAGGCCGUUAAAACGCUACUCGAGGAACGAUAUGUCUUAAUGUAUUUCAUACCUGAGGCCAGCAUUACGACUUCUCGUCCACACGUAUUCCAGAUGAGGAAUGCUGGAAGUAUGAAGCCUGUGCACAGAAGAGAUGCUGGAGUCUGGAACCAAACAAGAAGUCUUCUCUACAAGAAUCUGCUCAUCAAGUGGAGGACCAAGCAACAGAGUCUUCAGGAAUUGAUCCUACCUCUGCUUCUGUUGGGGCUCCUGAUACUCAUCAGCACCCUGAAUCCUCACGUUUAUUAUGGAGGCAUCAGGACUAUGGAGCUGGAGCUUGACGACAUCUUUUUCAAGGGCCUGGGCUACACGCCAAUCACUAACGUCACCAAUCACAUCAUGGAAGAGGUGGCCCAGGAAAUGCACAUGCAAGAUCGUCUGGAGAUGUUCGCCAGUGAGGAGGACCUGGAGAACGCCAGCCUGUAUGAGCCUUCCAGCUAUGUUGGUGUUGUGUUCUUGGACAGCUCUGCCACAUCUUACAGACUGCGCUUCCCGUACAGCCAGCUGCCCCUACCCAGCGAUUACACAGAAUCUAUUGCCAACUGUUUCACCACCUCGGUGAACUGCAGAGCAGCUAAUUACUGGUACUCUGGCUUCGUCCGCCUCCAGUCUCUGAUCGAUGCAGCCAUCAUCCAGAUGCAGACAAAGCGUUCUGUGUGGAGUGAGAUGGACCUGAAGGUAGUAAUGAUGGGUCAGCCAGGCUCUGUGGAGGUGCAGAAAUUCCCCCACGCCCUCAUCUCCAUCUACCUGGUCCUGGCCUUCACACCCUUCGUAACCUUCCUCAUCGUCAAUGUGGCAGCUGAGAAGGAACAUCGCCUCAAAGACACCAUGACCAUGAUGGGGCUCUACGACACUGCUUUCUGGUUGUCAUGGGGCCUCCUGUAUGCUGCUCUGGUAACCACCAUGUCUUUCCUGAUGUCCAUCAUCGCAACGUACACGGCUCUGUUUCCUAACAGCGACUUCUUGGUUAUCUUCUUCCUCAUCUUCCUCUAUGGAAUAUCAUCGAUCUUUUUCUCCUUCAUGCUGACUCCCCUAUUUAAGAAGCCAAAGUUUGCCAGCACAGUGGGCUCCAUGCUGACGGUGGUGUUUGGCUGCCUGUCGCUGUUCACCGUGCUGAUGAAGGACUUCCCACAGCCGCUGGUCUGGCUUCUCUGCCUGCUCUCCCCCAGCGCCUUCUCAAUCGGGAUUGCACAGGUGGUUUACCUGGAGGCACAGGGAGAUGGUGCCGUGUUUUCCUCCCUGACCAAUGGCCCUCAUCCUCUUUACGUGCCCCUGCUCAUGCUGGUUUUGGACUGCAUCCUCUACCUUCUGUUGGCUGUCUACCUGGACCAGGUACUGCCUGGUGAGUUUGGAAUGAAGAGGUCCUUGGUGUACUUCCUACAGCCUUCUUAUUGGUCCAAACGCAGAAAGCGUUACGUUGAAGUGAGCUCAGUAUAUGACACAGAGGCGAACGGCGCUCCAGGUGGGGACGAGUCUGUCGAGCCUGUUUCACCUGAGUUCAGAGGGAAAGAGGCCAUCCGCAUCAAUAACAUCCACAAAGUGUACAAAGAGAAGGACAACGUGGUGGAGGCUCUGAGAGGUUUGACAUUUGACAUCUUCGAGGGCCAGAUCACGGCUCUGCUGGGACACAGCGGGGCUGGAAAGUCCACUCUCAUGAACAUCUUGUGCGGCAUCUGCCCUCCCACUAACGGCUCGGCCACUAUCUACGGCUCCCCCGUGGCGGAGAUUGCGGAUGGGUCAGAAAUGAAACAGCUGGUGGGAAUUUGUCCCCAGUUCAACAUCAUCUUUGAUGUGCUCACUGUGGAGGAGCACCUGCGGAUAUUUGCUGCCAUCAAAGGGAUCCCACCUGCAGACAUCGAUGCUGAGGUUACCAAAGUGCUGAAGGAUCUGGACAUGGAGAAGAUCAUGACUGCCCAGGCCAAGAAUCUGAGUGGAGGCCAAAAGAGGAAACUCUCUGUGGGCAUCGCCAUUCUCGGAGAUCCCAAGAUCCUGCUUUUGGACGAGCCCACAGCUGGCAUGGACCCCUGCUCCAGACACCAAGUCUGGUCCCUGCUGAAGAGCCGCAGAGCCGGCAGAGUCACUGUCCUCAGCACGCACUACAUGGACGAGGCUGACGUUCUCGCUGAUCGCAAAGCUGUGAUCUCUCAAGGACAGCUGAAAUGUGUUGGCUCUUCCCUUUAUCUCAAGAUCAAGUGUGGUGUUGGUUAUCAUCUCAGAAUGUCUGUUAAUGAGGGAUGUGAAGCUGAAAAGAUCACGUCAUUGGUCGAGCAGCAUGUUCCCAAGGCAAAGUUGUCUCGACAACACGAGGCAGAGUUGACAUUCACUCUGCCUUUUGAGAGCAUGGACACGUUCCCAGGCUUGUUCUCUGAGUUCGACAGUCAACCCAGACUGGGAAUUAUCAACUAUGGGGUUUCUAUGACAACACUGGAGGAUGUUUUUCUUCGUUUGGAGGCAGAGGCUGAAGUGGACCAAGCUGACUACAGUGUGUUUAAUCGGGAACAGGCGGAGGAUGAGGGUGAUAACGCCUCUGUGGACGAUAUAGACCAGCGGCUGCUGACGUUCUCAGACAGCAAGUCAGAUGUUGUGUCGGGUCAGGCUCUGUGGCGGCAGCAGUUCAGCACCGUGGCCUGGCUGCACAUGCUCAACAUGCACAGGGAGAGGAAGGCCUUCAUUUACACUCUGGCCUUGUUCCUGGUGUUUGUUGCUGCAGUGCUCGUCCUUUCUCUGGCCACAGGAAACAUCCAGAUUCACUCCCCAGAGCGUCAGUUUCUGCCCAUUUACCUCCUCAAACGGAACCAGGCGCCCCAGAGGUACGCCACCAGCCUCCUGGUUCAGAACAGCUCAGACUCUGAUAUUUCUGACUUCAUCCACAAUCUGGAGUCUCAGGACAUCAAGGUGGAGAUGAUGAAACACAGCGACUACAUGUCUGCAGCUCCCCACAGCGCCGCCAUCAACGUAACAGGAUCCAGCAAGGGUUUCAGAUACAGUAUUGCGUUCAACAGCACCACAGUUCACUCCUUGCCUAUGGCUGUCAAUAUACUAAGCAACACUCUCCUAAGAGGCCUGAAUGGCACUGGACAGAUCCGAACCUGGACCAAACCGUUUGAUUAUCAAAUCCCAGAUGCCACGUCCUUCGCUCUGGUGUACAUAGAGGCCAUCAUACUGGGAAUGCUGGCAGCUGGAAUGCCUGCAUAUUUCGCAAUGGACCACACACGAGACAGAGAGAUCAAGUGUCGCUCUACGCUGCGUAUCUCUGGUCUGGUACCGUCAGCCUACUGGUGCGGGCAGGCAGCUGUGGACAUCCCCUUCUACUACCUCAUCCUCUCCUGCAUGACCAUCAUCCUCUUCUCCUUCCACACUGAAGACCUGCUCUCUUCCAGCAACCUCACCGCUGUGGUCCUGUGUACUGUUGGCUUUGGUCCAGCCAUGAUCCUCUUCACUUAUGUGUUUUCUUUUGGCUUCGCUCGAGUCCAAAGCAACAGGGAUUUCUUCUCUGUCAUCUCCAUGAUGGUGUGUGUGGUGUCUGCCUCGCUGGUUCAGUUGUCAGUUGUGAACGACAACCUCGGACUGACCAGAAACCUGCACAACAUCCUAUGUUUCUUCAACCCGCUGUACCCUCUCAUGGGCUGCCUCAACUGCAUCACCAGGGCGACCUUCCUCCCCUCUCUGUACGAGGAUAACUACUUAUGGAAAAACCUGCUCAUUGCGGUCAUAGCUCCCUAUCUCCAGUGCAUCCUGCUGCUGUUCCUGCUUCGUUGGCUGGAGAUCCAUUACGGAGGGAGGACAAUGAAAAACGAUCAGUUCUGCAGGAUCUCAUCCAAGUCAAAGCCCAAAGUGGAGAGGAACCCAGAAGAAGGGCUGAACGAGGAUGAGGAUGUUCAGAUGGAGAAGGCCAGAGUGAAGGAGGCCCUGACCUGCCAGUCCUGUGAAGAGAAGCCAGUGGUGGUUGUGAGUAACCUGAGGAAGCAGCACAAGGGCAGAAGAGAAGGUUUUUCUCUGAACAAGACGAGGAAAGUGGCCACAAAGAAUAUCUCCUUCUGUGUUCGCAAAGGUGAAGUUCUUGGACUGCUGGGCCCCAACGGAGCAGGAAAGAGCACCAUCAUGCAUAUGUUGUCAGGUGACACUGACCCCACUGCAGGCCAGGUGCUGAUGGGGGACUACAGCACAGAGUUUCGUCAAGUGGACAAUCCUUUGGAACAUGUGGGCUACUGUCCACAGGUGAACCCUCUGUGGCCCAGGAUCACUCUGCAGGAGCACCUGGAGAUCUACGCUGCCAUCAAGGGCCUGAAAGGACAGGACGUACCGGCUAUCAUCAGACGUGUGGUGAACGCUCUGGAGCUAAAGGACCACUUGAACAAACAAGCCAAGACCCUGUCAGCAGGACUCAAGAGGAAGUUGUGCUUUGCCUUGAGUAUGAUUGGGAAUCCCCAGAUCGUCUUACUGGAUGAGCCGUCGUCAGGGAUGGACCCUAAGUCUAAACAGCGCAUGUGGAGGGCCAUGCGUGCCGCUUUCAAGAAUCGUCAGCGGGGAGCCAUCCUCACCACGCACUACAUGGAGGAGGCGGAGGCCGUCUGUGACCGCGUAGCUAUCAUGGUUUCCGGCCAGCUCAGAUGUAUCGGCUCCAUCCAACAUUUAAAAGGGAAAUACGGUCGAAGCUACAGUUUGGAGGUAAAACUCAGAGAGGAGCUGACGGGGCUCCAGCAGGUGGCGCUGUUGCACAAAGAGAUCCUCCGAAUCUUCCCUCACGCUACCCGGCAGGAGAGCUUUGCUACUCUGAUGGUUUACAAGAUCCCCACGGAGGACGUCAGCUCACUGGCCAAGUCUUUCUCCCAGUUGGAGAGAGCCAAGCAAACCUUCAACUUUGAGGAGUACAACUUCUCCCAGUCGACGUUAGAGCAGGUGUUUAUGGAGUUUGCCAAGGAGCAGGAGAACGAGGAGGACGAGGUCGGCUCCCUCAGCACAACUUUCCAGUGGCAGCGUCUGCGCCAGGACGGCCCGGUUCCAGUCAACCACACGGACAGCAUCGUGCACCAGCUUUGAACCACAACUGAGAGGCAGCAGACGGGCCACUGACCAGGACUGACCGACCCCCACAUGCCAGGCUUCAGCGCCUAAGGGUUCACGCCAGCACUCGCCCGCUCCACGCAAACCGACGGCCCUUAAACAAACUGGGUGGGGGCUCGUUUCACCGGGACUGUUGUUGUGUGUUCAGGCUCAGGGCUGUUAAGGCCCCUGUCUCUGGGUCUGAGGUGUGCGUUACCCUCGUCCACUGGUGCUCCGUCUUCUCUGAAUCGCACUGAACGAGGGGGGCCCGCAGUCCUUCUCGGCACGCUGAUGCGACACCUAAUCCUCUUUCUUAUGGUGUUUUUUUUAUCUUCACAGGGAGUCCGUAAAAGCAACAUAUAUAUAUAUAUAUAUAUAAAUAACAUAUAAUAUUAUGCUUUGUAAUCCUUCCCGUUCGCUCCCCUCUGUGGGAGGCGUUACAGUCUGUGUGUUUGCUCGUCUCUUCGGAUGUUCUUGUCUGUUGUGUUUUGUGAAACUGUUUUUUAAGCACUACCACAACUGGGAUCCAUCCACGAUCGUACCAAAGCAGCACAUCUCAGAAAAUCACACUACCACACCUCGUCAUGUACUGAAACUGAAAAGUACUUUUUGUUCUUUAGUGUCAGUAGCAUGUGCAUUAACAGUUUGCAUAAUAGUUCUAUAAUUGAGCGGGGCAGCGGGAUGAGGAAAUGUCCGAAUUUGAGUCUUUACAAAGACACCAACGUCACAAACAAGUGUUUUAUUUUCCUCUGAAGGCUGAACACCCGUGUCCCUUCUCCUCAUUUUACACCAGCAUGCACAUCUUCACAUCCAGACCGCCAUUCACGUUCUCCAGGACCGAGUGUUUCAGCAUGCACGCUCACGAGGAGGCCGAUUUUAUUGACAUGUGGCAGCCGGAUGUUGGGACGAGGGUUUUUGGAUAGAUGAUCUGUGGCCUUCCUUUGCAGGUUUAGCUUUUAGCCGUAGUGUAGAUUAUAUGCACACCAGUACAUGUAGCACACUGCCCUCGCCAGACGUUAGCCAGGGCCGACGACCUCAGACGUGGACAGGUGAAGCUCGAGGUUGUUUUCAGAUCCAGAUGGAAGGAUUUUUGAUAACAGAUAUCUGAAUGUACGUUUGGCCUCCGAUGAGACGGAGGGUUUGUAACUCAGCAGUGACCGCUCUGUUGAGCUCUUGUCGUCACUCUGUUUCACUUUGGUGCCACUUUUAAUCACGCAGCUGUGUUGUUUUUGUUAACUCUAUCUAGCCUGUUUGGUGUGCGUGUGUGUGCGUGUUUAUAGUGCUGUAUAUACUUUUGUGUAGCUGCGGCUAUGUCUGCAUAAUCUAGUAUUUGUUCAAACAGGUGGGUUUUUGGUGCAAUACCUAUCAGCAAACCGAUAUAUUGUAAUUUUUUCUUGACAUUCAGGUGAGAGGACGAUACGGUUAAAGGGAAUUUAAGACACUUUGUUGAACAGACUUGAUAAAUAUGUGAUCUGUUGGGUUGACUUUUAUUUUUUAAAUGAUAACAAAUUGACCAGCUUCCUCAUCUGAUCUUUUGCUCGACUGUAUGACUCUUUUGCGGAGGAAGUGUUUGUUGCAGGUUGGUUGUGCAGGAUUUAAUUACAGUCGGGUGUGUUUGUUUUAUAUACCUCUUGCAUACCUGUUUUUUUGGGAAGUUGGUCUACUUGUCAUGGGAAGACGAUUGUUUUAAAGACAGCCGUAGGUUUUUGAUAUGAAUUAUACAAACUUGUUUGAAUAAAAUAUCCAACACGAAUUCCUUUUGAGCUCCGUCACGUGUCUGACUCUCGGAGCCGUGGCACAUUUGCCUUGUGGUGGUGAGUUUUUCUGUCUUGCACAACGCGUCUGGGAUCAUGUGUUUAAGCUGUAGCUUCCAUUUACCUGUUAGAGGUUUUUAUUUGCUUGUUUUACCUUCUGUGUCAUCUUUAACUGAAGUUAAGAACUGAUGUACAGAGGAUUGUGAAGUGCUUCAUGAAUUGAGUACGAGGCCGAUUGACUUCCCAAACAUUCACUACACACAUUAGACUGCUUUACACAAAAGAUUCAAUUACGCUUGUGAGAGGAAGUAAUGCUUGGGUUUCCGUCCAUGCACAAUUGGGCGAAUAACGUCCUUUUUAAAUGUGAAAACUUCCUUUAAACCCUGUUUUUGUUUGUUUUUUUGCACACAUGUAGCCUUGUUCCCUCGAAUAGUGAACAAAGUAAAACACUGGCUCUGCAUUAAGCUUAACGUGUGGCGAGGGUGGAUGGGAUUUUCAUGUAAUAUGUAUGUCUUAUGUUUGUUUUCCCAAGUGCAAUGCAGGGUAUUUGUUCACAAAAGAACUUGUUGUACUCCCAACAGUCAUGUGUGUUCUGUGAGUUUGUCAGUUUCAGUAACAUGUAGCCGCCCAAAUGUGAUCGGCUUUUCUUUGCGCUCCUCUUACCCCUGCCUCCAGAACAAAAAGCAUCUCACCUAGUUAAAGAAAACCAACUCUUCCACUUGGUGGAAAGUGGAGCAUUUAAGCAGAUUGGCAUCAUUUGUGGAGCAGGUUUCAUUUUAUUUUCCCCGGUGGUGGUAAAAUUGCACUAUUUCUGGGAAAUUUUAUAACCUUUCUUUAUAUUAUGCAAUCUUUGUAAGAUUAUUUGUGCACUGAUUUUAUUUUUUAAAGACCGGUUUAAUUGUGUGCUGUAUUUUUCUUCCUGUAUCGCCGCAUGUCUGGAUGGACACUUGUCAUUAAUGGACUCUAUGGUCUUUACACGACCUUUUCAUGAAUAAAUGUUAUUAAUGCAAA